GAUGUCUUGUUGAUUUAUAACUUAUAUUUAUUCAUUCCUGUAUUUAUUUAUUUAUUUAUACAUUUAUUUAUUUAUACAUUUAUUUAUUUAUUUAUACAUUUAUUUAAGCAUUUAUUUAUUCAUUUAUACAUUUAUUUAAGCAUUUAUUUAUUUAUUCUUGUAUUUAUUCAUGCAUUCAUUUAUUUAUUUAUUUAUACUUAAGUCAUUUUAAGUCCUCCAUAAAGGUGAACACUGUUUUCGUUUCAACCCGCUCCACAGUCGCGCAUCUACACAAUCAUUAGCUCAUAAAAAAGAACGAGUUGUGCUAACCUACCAAAAAAAAUCCGUCGCUGAAUUUGCCUUCGAUUCUCGAUGCGACUAUGUUUUAUGCCGAACUAGUUUCUCCAGAGCGUCAUCGGAUCUUGGUCGCCAGUGGUGGCACGGUUCGACACGUGAUCGGUCUUCACCAAUGAGGUAGCUGCUUUUUGUCAACAGAAUGGCAAGAUGGCGGCUCCCGUGAUUGGAUUCAACGUUGGCGAUAAAGAGGAAAACACAUGCUGAGGCCGUUGGUGAAGCAGCACGUGGACGAGGUCGUCGACGAGGCGUUUGGGCUGUUGGACACGUUGACAGCAGCGUAUGAGGACAUCGUUUCUCGUUUAGGAGAACAUGAGCUACACACAUCAGGAGAAAUGCUGAGGCCGUUGGUGAAGCAGCACGUGGACGAGGUCGUCGACGAGGCGUUUGGGCUGUUGGACACGUUGACAGCAGCGUAUGAGGACAUCGUUUCUCGUUUAGGAGAACAUGAGCUACACACAUCAGACGUCCAGCGGCAGUUGGUGAUGAAACAAGAGGUUCCCCCUGAACAGCAGGACUGGAGCUCCAGUCUGGACCAGGAAGACCCAGAGCCUCCACACAUUAAAGAGGAGCAGGAGGACCAGGAGAACCCAGAGCCUCCACACAUUAAAGAGGAGCAGGAGAACCCAGAGCCUCCACACAUUAAAGAGGAGCAGGAGAACCCAGAGCCUCCACACAUUAAAGAGGAGCAGGAGGACCCAGAGCCUCCACACAUUAAGGAGGAGCAGGAGAACCCAGAGCCUCCACACAUUAAAGAGGAGCAGGAGAACCCAGAGCCUCCAAACAUUAAAGAGGAGCAGGAGGACCCAGAGCCUCCACACAUUAAAGAGGAGCAGGAUGAACUCAGGAUCAGUCAGGAGGGAGAGCAGCUUCAAAAGCUGGAGGAGGCUGGAAUCAAGUUCUCAUUCACCCCUGUAAAGAGUCAAUAUGAUGAUGAGGAAGCUCAGCUCUCAAAGUCAAUAAAAACUGACAAAAGAGAGGCAGAACAUUUGAAAGCAGACGGAGAGGAAGUCAGAUCCACAUCAGAUCCAGAUAGUCCUUUACAACCAACUGCUGAUGAGACGUCACAAUCCUCUGAAUGUGAGACUGAUAACAGUGACGAUUGGAAGGAGACUCAGGAACCUCAGCCACGUUUAAACCCUUUGGAAAGCAAUGAAGUCCCUGUAGGUGACAUGGACUGUGGGACUGGAAACGCAUCAAUUAGCUCUUCUCAAUAUGCUGGAAGCGUUGGCCAAAAGAGACAUCCGAAGAGACACUCUGGAGCCACAACAGGAGUGACCAGUUCUUCAGUUUGUGGUAAAACAUUCAAACUCACUCACUAG